AUGAGCACAAAAUUCGCAGAGCCGCGGCUCAUCCUCGAGGUGGCCCAGCAUUUGGGGGAGCGCGUCUGCCGCACCAUUGCGAUGGACGGCACCGAGGGCCUGGUGCGGGGCCAGCCGGUGACGGACACCGGGGCGCCGAUCACAAUACCGGUGGGCACCCCGACCCUGGGCAGGAUCAUGAACGUGAUCGGCGAGCCAAUCGGUGAGUGGACGUGCGGUGUUUUAGUGAUGAUCCAUGUAUGUAUG